UCUUAACAGAAGAAACCGGCCUUUCCCUCCAACAUUUUGAAAACUCAGGAGAGGAGGCAGGGGGUCUUUGGGAUCGAUUCGAAGACCCAUUUUCUCUGGGUUUUAUCCUUCGAUGAGCUUAUGAUUCUGGCUCUGAGCUCUGAAAGGAACAUUUGCAGAAGGCCCUAAAAGUCUUCUUCUUUCUCUUUUCUGGGUUUGUGGGUCGAACAGAGUGAGAGAGAGCGACGAUCAUGGCGAGAAACCCAGAGUACGAAGUCAAAGUGCUCGAUAUCGUUCGCAAUUUCAGAGGCAGACACUCUGGAACUAUCAAGGCUCUUACUACCGAGAAAGGUAAGCAGUGUUUGGUUGGGCUUCCCAAUGGGACAUGGGAAGUUAAGCCUCCUCAGAGUAUCCAUCCUCCUGACCUUCCUUGGCCAGUGUCAUAUUGCAAUUUAGGGAUGAAUCAGAUGUCACGGCAGGAAUGGGUUGAAAGAGUCGCAGCUGUCUGUGAUCCGUGGUUGCUUACUGUUGCGUUUUAUUCUGGUGGAUGUGCUGGCUUCACAAAGAGGGAAAGGCAGACACUUUUCCAAGAGAUAAAUGAACUCCCUACGGUCAGUGAAAUUGUGCAGGAGUUUGGCAAAUCCAAUGACCAAUCUCGCCCAACGAUGUUAAAGAAACCCAAGUCUUUCUUGGCCGUUAACAUGCCUUCACCACAUGAAGAUGAGAGUGGUGCUGCUAUAGAAGAUGGCUACAACGAUGGAAGCAGCAGUUAUGAGCAAAGUAAAUCCUCUGGAACGUUUGUGAACAGCUCUGAUGAUGAUUCCGGGGCACAAAACGAUGAUAGUGGUGCUGCUACAGAAGAUGGCAACAAUGAUGGAAGCAGCAGUUAUGGUCAAAGUAAAUCCUCUGGAACGCAUGUGAGCAGCUCUGAUGAUGAUUCCAGGACACAAAAAGAUUCAAGCGGUGCUGCUAUGGGAGAUGGCCACAACGAUGGAAGCAGCAGUUCCAGGUCCACUGAUUGCAAUUGCAUGAGGGCUAGAGAAGCUGGAGAAAUUGGACAAGAACAUCGUUCUUCCAGUUGA